AGGAAAGGGGGCGUGGCCAAGUGAGCUCAGGACGACCUUGCGGAAGAAGAAGAAGACACGAGAGAGCGAAGGAGAAGGGCGGCUCGGAGUCUCGCGAGAAGAAAGGGAGCGGAGCCAAAUCUCGCGAGGCUGUGGAAGGGUAGGCGGUGUGGCCCCGCCCCGAUGUGAGGGAGGGGGAGGAAAUCUCGCGGCCGGCCGCCCCCAAGUCUCGCGAGAAGAGGCAGAAAAGAGGAGGAAGGAGGAGGAGAAGGGCGGCGAGGGCUGAGGCGACACCGGAGGCGGCGGAGGGGGAAAGGGGCGCGAGGGAGGCAGGCGGCGGAGCCGGAGAAGGGCCUUUCCCUCCGCCUCGGAGGCAGGCCUGCGCGGGGAUCGGAGCCGAGGCGGCGGAGGAGGAGGCGGAUGAGGCCUGCAGGGAGGCCUGAAGCCUGAGGUGAUCCAUGCUGACGACGCGCCAUUCGUGCAGAUGAGCCCGGGGCCCCGGCGGCGGCAGCAGCAGUGGCACUCCAAACCCAGAUAGUUGGUCUUGAGGCCCGGCAGGAUGCCAUCCACCAACCGAGCGGGCAGCCUGAAGGACCCGGAGGUCGCGGAGCUUUUCUUCAAGGAGGACCCGGAGAAGCUCUUCUCAGACCUCCGAGAGAUCGGCCAUGGCAGCUUCGGCGCCGUUUAUUUUGCACGCGAUGUCCGAACCAAUGAAGUGGUGGCCAUCAAGAAGAUGUCUUAUAGUGGGAAACAGUCCAACGAGAAAUGGCAGGACAUCGUGAAAGAGGUGAAGUUCCUCCAGAGGAUCCAGCACCCCAACAGCAUCGAGUACAAAGGCUGCUACCUGCGGGAACACACGGCCUGGCUUGUUAUGGAAUACUGUUUAGGGUCGGCAUCAGAUCUGCUAGAAGUCCAUAAAAAGCCAUUGCAAGAGGUGGAAAUUGCCGCGAUCACCCACGGUGCGCUCCAGGGCCUGGCGUACUUGCAUUCUCACAACAUGAUCCAUAGAGAUAUCAAGGCGGGGAACAUCCUGUUGACGGAACCAGGCCAGGUGAAGCUGGCCGACUUCGGGUCCGCCUCCAUCGCCUCUCCAGCCAACUCAUUUGUGGGGACGCCAUAUUGGAUGGCCCCGGAAGUAAUUUUAGCCAUGGACGAAGGGCAGUAUGACGGGAAAGUGGACGUCUGGUCUCUUGGGAUCACGUGUAUUGAAUUAGCCGAAAGGAAGCCGCCUCUGUUCAACAUGAACGCAAUGAGUGCCUUAUACCACAUAGCGCAGAAUGAGUCCCCAACACUCCAGUCCAACGAAUGGUCUGACUAUUUCCGAAACUUUGUAGAUUCUUGCCUCCAGAAAAUCCCCCAAGACAGGCCUACGUCGGAGGAACUCCUCAAGCACGUGUUCGUCCAGCGGGAGCGCCCCGAAACCGUCUUGAUAGAGCUGAUCCAGAGGACCAAGGAUGCCGUCAGAGAGCUGGACAACCUUCAGUACCGCAAGAUGAAGAAGCUGCUCUUCCAGGAGGCGCACAACGGACCCACGGUCGAAGCCCAAGAAGAGGAGGAGGACCAGGAGCACGGCGUGGGCCGGACGGGGACGGUGAACAGUGUGGGCAGCAACCAGUCCAUCCCCAGCAUGUCCAUCAGCGCCAGCAGCCAAAGCAGCAGCGUCAACAGCCUCCCGGACGCCUCCGACGACAAGAGUGAGCUGGACAUGAUGGAGGGCGACCACACCGUGAUGUCCAACAGCUCCGUCAUCCACCUGAAGCCGGAGGAAGAAAGCUACAGGGAGGAUUCGGAGUCGAGGGCGAGAGGCUCGGAGCCCCAGUCCCCGCCGCAGGCCUCCCGGCACCGCUCCCACUACCGCAACCGCGAGCACUUUGCCACCAUACGCACAGCAUCCCUGGUGACGCGGCAGAUGCAGGAGCACGAGCAGGACUCGGAGCUGCGGGAGCAGAUGUCCGGCUACAAGCGCAUGAGGCGGCAGCACCAGAAGCAGCUCAUGGCCCUGGAGAACAAGCUCAAGACCGAGAUGGACGAGCACCGCCUCCGCCUGGACAAGGACCUCGAGACCCAGCGCAACAACUUCGCCGCAGAGAUGGAGAAGCUCCUCAAGAAGCACCAGGCCGCCAUGGAGAAGGAGGCCAAAGUCAUGGCCAACGAGGAGAAGAAGUUCCAGCAGCACAUCCAAGGCCAGCAGAAGAAGGAGCUCAACAGCUUCCUGGAGUCGCAGAAAAGAGAGUAUAAGCUUCGCAAAGAGCAGCUCAAAGAGGAGCUGAGCGAGAACCAGAGCACGCCCAAGAAGGAGAAGCAGGAGUGGCUCUCCAAGCAGAAGGAGAACAUCCAGCACUUCCAGGCCGAGGAGGAGGCCAACCUCUUGCGGCGCCAGAGGCAGUACCUGGAGCUGGAGUGCCGCCGCUUCAAGAGGAGGAUGCUCCUGGCCCGGCACAACCUGGAGCAGGACCUCGUCCGGGAGGAGCUGAACAAGCGGCAGACGCAGAAGGACCUGGAGCACGCCAUGCUGCUGCGUCAGCACGAGUCCAUGCAGGAGCUGGAGUUCCGGCACCUGGGCACCAUCCAGAAGAUGCGCUGCGAGCUCAUCCGCCUCCAGCACCAGACGGAGCUCACCAACCAGCUGGAGUACAACAAGCGGAGGGAGCGGGAGCUGCGCCGCAAGCACGUCAUGGAGGUCCGGCAGCAGCCCAAGAGCCUCAAGUCGAAGGAGCUCCAGAUCAAGAAGCAGUUCCAGGACACCUGCAAGAUCCAGACGCGGCAGUACAAGGCCCUGCGCAACCACCUGCUGGAGACCACCCCCAAGAGCGAGCACAAGGCCGUCCUCAAGCGGCUCAAGGAGGAGCAGACCCGCAAGCUGGCCAUCCUGGCCGAGCAGUACGACCACAGCAUCAACGAAAUGCUCUCCACGCAGGCUCUCCGGCUGGACGAGGCACAGGAGGCGGAGUGCCAGGUCUUGAAGAUGCAGCUGCAGCAGGAACUGGAGCUACUGAACGCCUACCAGAGCAAGAUCAAGAUGCAGGCCGAGGCCCAGCACGACCGGGAGCUGCGGGAGCUGGAGCAGCGGGUCUCCUUGCGCAGGGCCCUCCUGGAGCAGAAGAUCGAGGAGGAGAUGCUGGCCCUGCAGAACGAGCGGACGGAGCGGAUCCGGAGCCUGCUGGAGCGCCAGGCGCGGGAGAUCGAGGCCUUCGACUCGGAGAGCAUGCGCCUGGGCUUCAGCAACAUGGUCCUGUCCAACCUCUCCCCGGAGGCCUUCAGCCACAGCUACCCAGGGGCCUCGGGGUGGUCCCACCAACCUUCAGCGCCACCGCACCCGGGACCGCACUGGGGACACCCCAUGAUGGCGCAGGGCGUGCCGCCCCAAGCGUGGGGCCACCCCAUGAUGCAAGGCGGCGUUGGCGGGGGCGGCGUUCCCCAGCCGUGGGGCCACCCUUCGGGCGCCAUGGCAGGGGUGCCGCGGGGGAGCUCCCUGGGGGUGCGCAACAGCCCCCAGGCCCUGCGGCGGACGGCGUCGGGAGGGCGGACGGAGCCGGGCAUGAGCCGCAGCGCCAGCGUCACCUCGCAGAUCUCCAACGGGUCGCACAUGUCGUACACAUAAUGACAACACGGAGCCAUACAUGGCAACUGCGCGCCAACGUUUAUGGGGAGGGGGGAGUUUAACUAAUUGGGAUGUCAUAGCGUUCGGCCUCAAAGUGGUGUCCUCUCUCAAUCUCUCUGCGUAGCGGGUGUCCCCUUCUCUCCCAAUCAGGGAUUAGCCAAAACGGGGGGCCGCCCCGUCCCUCCGAUGCCACUCCCAACCCCUUCCUCUCUCUUCCCGUUCCGUUGCGGGGAACGAGGGUCCGGCAAGGGGAGUGAAGCCAAGUUUCGGGAGAGGGAUGGCGCAGAUGCCGUGGCCCCCGAUUGCACUAAGCGUGGAGCCGCUGGAGCGCUCUGUGGCGGCACUGCACUAGUCAAACGCACCUGCCCGCAGUUGCGCACGUGUGUGUGAGUAUGAGUGUGUGUAAAUCAGUCAGUACAGAAGUGGUUUUGGGGAAUGGGAUCGAGGCUCCAAGCCGCCUUCUCCCUCGGCGCGUCAUACCGUGAGAUCUCCUCCUUGUUCCGCCUCCCCUCUUCCAAACCCCUUUCUGGAGGUAUUUGUGACAGAUGCCAUAAACGAAAACAAAAGAUACAAACAUGCCAUCGGUCGGCGAGGAGCUCCUCCUCUCUCUGACACUACAUUUUUGCCACAAGGUCGGGUUUUUUUGUUGUGUUCUUCUUUCAAAGCCCGCCUUUUGGGCUUGCCAACGUUCCUUCCCGCCGCGGAACGAUCAAACCCGCAUUUUGCACACGGUUGCGAAGGGGAGAACCUCUUCCCACUAUUUAACCAGAGCCUUAGCUUCUAAGGGCACCGAUAGGGAUCCGAAAAACUGGGAUCUUUCCAACCUCAGCGCGAGAGAAGCCAUGGGUUGCGUUGGGAAAUCCGUUCGGGGAAACUUGUGCAAGGUUCCGUUCACUACAAGCGUUCGUUCGUUCGUCUGUCGCGCAACGAAAAGCAAAACACUAGCGACUCUCUCUAGCCUUUUUUGCCUUCUAACAUAUCUCUAGGGCUUUUCUUCUCCGUUUCCCCCCUUGCGACGGGUUUACGUGCGCAAAACGCUCUCGAUGCGGGUCACGCUGCUGCUCGUUUCGUGUGGCCUUCCGCUGUGUCCGUGUUGUGCUGGGAUUUCCMACAUGUGACGAAUCUCCUUUCUAGCCAUCAGAAAGGCGCUUCCCAUCCUUGAAGUCAGCCAGGUGUAUUCCCUCUCUCAUAUAUAUAUAUAUAUAURUAUAUAUAGUGUGAGGGAUAAUGGUAAACAUUGCAAGUUGUGUGUGGCUUUCUACUGUGUCCAUAUUGUGCUGGAAUUUCCAACAUGUGACGAAUUCCAACAUGUUACGAGCCGUCAGAAACUGCAAGUUGUGUGUGGCCUUCUGCUGUGUCUGUGUUGUGCUGGGAUUUCCAACAUGUGACGAAUCUCCUUUCUAGCCAUCAGAAAGGCGCUUCCCAUCCUUGAAGUCAGUCAGGCAUAUUCAUAUAUACAUAUAUAUAUAUGUAUAUGUAUAUGGAUAAUGAUAAACACUGCAAGUUGUGUGCUGCCUUCUGCUGUGUCCAUAUUGUGCUGGAAUUUCCAACAUGUGACGAAUUCCAACAUGUUAUGAGCCAUCGGAAAGGUGUUUUGCCAUCCUUGAAGUCAGUCAGGUGUAGUCACACACACACACACACACAUAUAUAUAUAGAGAGAGUGAAGGAUAAUGAUAAACACUGCAAAUUGUAUGUGGCUUUCUGCUGUGUCCGUAUUGUGCUGGAAUUUCCAACGUGACGAAUUCCAAUAUGUUAUGAGCCAUCAGAAAGGCGCUUCCCAUCCUUGAAGUCAGGUGUAUUCUCUCAUUCAUAUAUAUAUAUAUAUAUACAUAUACAUAUAUAUAUGAAUGAGGGAUAAUGGUAAACACUACAAGUCAACUCAGUAAUAUCCAAUUUUGAAUAUAUAGAAUAGGGAGGCCACAUUCAUCCACGGAAAAUGUCAUUUUCAUGGGGCCUCGGAGGUAUUUUCGCCCCGUUUUUAGGCCUAGGAGAAGCCUUUUUAAAGAAACGUGGCAACGAUACCUUCGUGGUCUGUGUUUGGAAAGGUCUUCCCCGCCGCGUGCCACCCUUUGCUGCUCUUGAAGGUCUUGCUUUUGGGCCGCCCCAUAUUUAUAUACCACGGUGCUAUCAGAGAAUGUAUUUAUGCAGGGCAGCGUGGAGAGGUUUUAUUUCCCCGUCCCCGCUUUGCUGACGCACAGACCCAAACCAAUCCAAUAUCUGUAAUUUUGAGGAGAAUUGUGAGGCAACCGUUCCCAUCUCUAUACAAUAAUACGGACCAGACCCAGGCCUAUUCAGUGCAUUAAUUUGAAAAGUUUGCAAAAACUAAAUAUGUGGAGAAAGCUGGAGAUUGGUCAAGAGCAAACUAAAUAUUCUGGUCGCAGUAGGUUUCAUUUUAGCCUUGUCUGCGGGUAAUGUGCUUUCCAAGAGUCCUGUGCUUUUCCGUACAGAUUCAAGGCGUUCUUUUUCUACUUUCCUGCUCUGAACUUGAGGCUUUUCCCAACUAACUUGUUAUCUUUGUUCAUUGUUCUCGCCUUCCCGGUGGAUUUUGUUUCGGUCUCGUCCUCCCAUUCCCUUCCUCCUGGAAAUAGGAAGUGUCCCUCUCUUUACCGGCUCCUUCGAGGUGGAACGAUCACUUCCAAAUGCGAUUUGGAAGAGUUUAAGAUACGAAGUCGAGGAAUUGCGGCCAAGCGGAUUCAUUUGGCACCUCUUUCCCAUUCAGUAGCUGUUGGAAAGCCUGACCUCCAAGUGCCAUUUGGGUCUAGGAUAAUAUUUGCUUUUUUCUUCUUCCUGUAUCAAGAGCCAUAUCAGAACAAGUCGGAGAUAAUGACCACUUCCUUUCCUUCCAACUUUCCCUAAAAGUUGAGUAGCAAAUGCAUCCGUUUCGUAAGAAAAGAUUCCCAACGGCUUAGAGCAUUAUACAGCUGUGCCUAUUUUGUGUAAUUUUUGUGAAAUGCGGUCUGCGUUCCAUCCAGAAAUCUCCCAGUUUCCUGCCGUGAAGAUCAGCUUCUUUGAAAGGAAUGGAUUUGCGUCUCAAGAUCGAAAAAGUGGUUUUUUCCCCCCCGGUUUAAACAAUGCCGAAUCAAUGCAGACGGCUUUAAUGCAAUGUCCCUCCUUUGCAUCUAUGUUUUUUGAGAACUCUAUCUGUAAACGGGAAAGGGUUGCGUCCACAAACGAGGCCACGUUUGAACACAAAACAAAGGUCUCUUAGGAGGAACGACACACCGUCCCAAAUACAUUUCUGUCGCCCAGCAAAAAUUAGAACCACUUUGGACCUCCUUUCUGACCCCUUUCUUCUUGAGGAUCAGAAUGCUAUUCUCUCAAGUCUUGUUGUGCAAUCGCUACCUCUCCACACUCUUUGUUUCCUAUUCCCCCACACCCUUGAUUACCAAUAUCCAUCUUCCGUUUUUACAGAAAAAGUGGGGUAUUCCUCAUAGUCCUCAAGUCAUCCAAGGAACCGUUUCCCAACGAAUGAUGCUCCAAAACAGGGAGAGAAAUGUCUGUCCCAAAGGUGUCUAAGUCUAGGCGUAGACAUGUCUUCUAGCACCUGUUCUCCUGGGCCUCUUGCCUUUUAAUACUUCUGAUUCAAAGCCAAGAAUCCUAGCAAACCCAGGUUUUAUUUUGUUUAUAUAUAAAUAGCCUCUGCGAUCCAUCAUUCUGGCCUGGUGUGAGAUGUGAAUGGCGUACAUUUUAGCAUUGAAGCAACUGCUCACUUGGAGAUCCUUUCCAAAACACAACAACCAAGGCUUGAUGUCUGAUGUGCUAUUCAGACACCCAAAAGCAUCUUGAAUGUAUCCUCUUUUUAUUCCCUAGCUGUCCUAUUUAUUACUACCCCCCAUAUCAUUAUAUUUCCCCAUCUUUUUAUAGUCACCAUCUGACAUUAUCUUUGAACGAAAACUUCACCGACGCACAACGCUGUUGGAUUUCCUGUUGCCAAUCUCCGAUCGGUUCCAUCCUUCUCUCGUUCAUGGCUUCUUUCUUUGCUGGGAUCUUGAUUGGCAACACAGAAUGCCGUUGGACUUCCUUUUGCUGAUCACCGAUCGGUUCCAUCCUUUUCUCAUUCACGGCUUCUCCCUUCGCGGGGAUCUUAAUUGGCAAACGCAGAAUGCUGUUGGAUUUUCUGUUGCUGAUCUCUGCUCAGUUUCAUCCUUUCCUCAUUCACGGCUUCUUCCUUCACUGGGAUUUUAAUUGGCAAAUGCAGAAUGCCGUUGGAUUUCUGUUGCCGAUCUCUAGUAGGUUUCAUCCUUCCUUCAUUCUCGGUUUCUUCCUUAGCUGGGAUCUUAAUUGGCAAAUGCAGAAUGCCGUGGGAUUUCCUGUUGCCGAUCUCCGGUCAGUUUCAUUCCUUCCUCAUUCACGGCUUCUUCCUUUGCUGGGAUCUUGAUCGGCAACACAGAAUGCCAUUGGAUUUCCUGUUGCCGAAAUCCGAUCAGUUUCAUCCUUUCCUCAUUCUCAGCUUCUUCCUUCACUGGGAUUUUAAUUGGCAAAUGCAGAAUGCCGUUGGAUUUCUGUUGCCGAUCUCUAAUAGGUUUCAUCCUUCCUUCAUUCUCGGUUUCUUCCUUUGAAGGGAUCUUAAUUGGCAAAUGCAGAAUGCCGUUGGAUUUCCUCUUGCCGAUCUCUGAUCGGUUUCAUCCUUCCCUUGUUCUCGGUUUCUUCCUUCGCUGGGAUUUUAAUUGGCAACACAGAAUGCCGUUGGAUUUUCUCUUGCCGAUCUCUGAUCGGUUCCAUCCCUUCCUCGCUGGGAUCUUAAUUGGCAAAUGCCGAAUGCCGUUGGAUUUCCUCUUGCUGAUCUCUGAUCGGUUCCAUCCCUUCCUCGUUCACGGCUUCUUCCUUCUCUGGGAUCUUGAAUUAUUUUUACAUUACUGUUGACAGUCCUAAAAAGCAGGGUGUACCCCUUUUGCCAAUGUGUUGUAUGUGUAAUUGUGUGAAUCGGGAGUGAGGACGAAGCCCUUCUACAACGAAACACCCCCAACUUGUGUGUCGCAUUCGCUGUGAAACGAAUGGCAUCUUUUGGUUUUGGCAAAGGACAGCUUUGUGGAGUGAGUGCCCAGGAAAGGGGGAAUCUGGCGUAUCGGGUGGGUUCCUUUUUGGAGAGGAUAAGAACACAAAGGGAAGGUUAGUUGGUGGCAGAAUAAGUCCUCCAGUUUGUUUGAACCCAUGGCUGCCAUACCAAAAAGCAAUCGAGAAGGAUGAAUGCCUUUGUGUGAUACCAAGAAAGAGAAAAGAUGUUUUCGUACCUUUAGAAACCCCUUUCCAAGUGAGUUCCCAUUUCUUGCUUGCCAGAAGGAAGGAAGGAGAAAAGAUGAGCCAUUUUGGAAAGAAGGAAAGGGGAGAAAGGCUUUCCAGGAAAGUUUUGCCAACAACGAAGAAGAAAAAAAUGGCCUUUGAGCCUCCGAAAGAAUCCUUCCUUCUCUCCGCUUCUCUUUUUUGGGGGAGCCAUGUUAUCAAGAGAGAUGGGAGAAAAGAUGGAGUUUAAGUCUCCAAAACAGGCCUUUCCAGGCAAGUUUAUACUUUUCACUCCUCAUUUGUUUUGGCGAGUCGUUUGGGAAAAAAUGUGGAAGCGGGGAGGAAAACUCCAGCAUCCGAAAUAAUCCUUUCCAGGCAAGUUCCUUCCUUUUUUGAAGGGAACCGUCUUGUCAAAAGAGUGGAAGGAAGAGGGAAAGAUGAGUUUUAGUAUCCAAAAAUCCCUUUCUGGAUUUGCGCAUUUGUUCUCCCCAUUCCUCACUUUUUUGGUUGAGCCAUAUUGCCAAAAGAUCGGAAGAAAACGCGGGCCUUUCGGCACCCAAAUAACCCUUUCCAGGCGAGUUUGUUCCCUGCAUUCCUUCCUUUUUUGGGAAGAGAGUGGAAGGAAGGGGGAAAGAUUCGAGUUUUAGUAUCCGAAAAUGCCUUUCCGGAUUUGCGCGUUCGUUCUCUCGGCUUCUCGCUUUUUUGGUGAGCCAUAUUGCCAAAAGAAAACGCUGGCAUUUCGGCAUCUGAAUAACCUUUUCCAAGCGAACCCAUCCUUUCCGAGUUGUGUUUCGUUGGACCUUACCGAAGAGCGGUCUCCAAAGGUGCGUCCGGUGAGCUCCUUAUCCCAAAAUUGCUAUCAUCCUCCGGAGCGUUUUCAAGGUUGGCUUUGGAGAUCGCAAUCCAGAAAACCCGAAAAACGUUCUUUUUUUCCUCCGAACGCGGAUGAGCGUCGGCGGCGUCUCUUGUACGAUAACAGAUUGUCAGUAUUCCGGUUCUUUCUUUCUUUCCGGUGCAAGACCUUACAACAUAGCUCUCGUAUAUAUAUAUAUAUAAAUAUAUAUAUAUAAAUAUAUAUAUAUAACCUGUAUGAAUUGUAUAGAUUGUGCAUUUAAUAAAAGAAGCUGUUGUCGGGAGGACGGGAGGAGGAGGAGGGCGGCUUUGGUUCAGGAGAUUUGGAAAAAAGAAGACGAUGAAAAGCCAGAGAAAAGAGAAUCCUAUGUAAUAUUUUGUUUGUAAGUAUCCUUUGUAUCCUCGCAAAGGAAAACGUUUAAAAUAAAUGAGCUGUAAUAAAGUAAGUUUAGUAA